CCUGACUAAAGCAGCGCGAUUAACCCCCACAAUGGACCAAAAUUACCUGGUAUAUGACAGGGGAAAUCUGAAUCCUGUGCCGGGAUGGUGGCUUGGACGGCAGGAAGAAAAUUUGGCCACUGCACAAACGGGGCAUUCAAAGGCUGAAAAGCCACAACCAAAGAGACGAAUUCGUCCCCAUAAUAAAUCCCGACGAGGGUGUUUGAACUGCAAAAUCCGGAGAGUAAAAUGUCCGGAGAAUCAUCCUGCUUGCGAGAAUUGCCGGGGAAAGGACUUGGUCUGUGUAUACCCGGCUGGGCUACAGAACGACGUUCAGUACCUUGGAGAUCCAGCGCGGAAUGUCUCAAGUCAGCUGGCAUAUCUGCAGCCCCGAAGACAAGCCGGAGAGUUUACCAUUGCCGAUAUGUGCCUCUUGCAACACUUCAUCACCGACGCUCAUCCGCACCUCCCGGUUGGGAACGAUGACAUCUAUACGCGAGCGCUCCCAGCGCUGACAUAUCAGAAGCAUGAAUAUGUGAUGCACGCCAUUCUUGCUCUUUCUUCCUCGCAUCUAGCACUUCUAACCGGGUCCGCACUCCCUGUUGAGGCCUUGCGACAUCGCCAAAGGGCUCUUCGAGGGCUAAAUGAAGCAAUGUCUCGAGCGCCAAGCGAGACCAGUGACGCUGACGCCAUGUUGGCAGCUUGCUAUAUAUUGACCUUUCAAUCCUCGUACAUGCUUGAUGGCCUUUCCGAAUAUAUCAUGAUGCUCCGAGGUUGCGGUUUAGUAACCGGAUUGAUGCUACAACGGAACCUGCACGGAUCUUUCUCAAUCGAUGUAAAUUCGCAUAUAAAAUACAUGGAAGCACAAUCUGACCGGUUCCCUACAAUCGACAGUCGGAUUGCCUCGGAUGGUAUUCGCUCGCUAAGUCUUGUGAAACCUCUGUUACAGCAUCCGAUCGAAGAAGUCUUCUACCAGCUUUUAUUUGACUUUAUCACCUUGCCUCAAUGCGAGGUCCACCAUCUCCUCGAUCCCGAGAAACAGAUCUCGCAGGUGUUGAUGGCUCAUUUCCUCAUCCUACUGGCCAUUCUAUCCCCGAUAACAUCAUUGGAAGCAACCAAUAGACUUCGCAAUGUUCCAAUGGCGGGAAUGUUGUCUUGGGUUGCAAAUAUCUGUACACAGAUGUCGGGAAGAAAGGCUGAACGAUACCUUAUGUGGCCGAAAAGUGUGGUAGAGACAAUCCGUGCCAACACCAGCCGGACAGGUGUGUUGGUUGGUGACGUUCUGGUCUUGAUUCUGAACUUCCCUGAUAGACUCCUCCUACCACAACAUGAUAUAGCCCGAUAA